UCCCGGGCGGAAGCGGGGCGAGCGCGCGCCGCGACCUUUGAAGGGAAGAGGAAGUGCUCGGGUCUCGCGGCCUGAGGAGGUGUCAGCGAGGUGGGGGCGCGGCGCGGGCUGCGGGGUCGCAGGGCGCGGCGUCACAGACAGCGACCACCUCCGAGGCGGCGGCCCGGCGCGGGGAGGGGGCGGUGACGGCCCCUGUCUUCGCCACUCCUCUGGCGCCUGGCCCGCAGAGGGAGCGCGAUGUCCGCCGAGGUCCCGGAGGCGGCGUCCGCCGAGGAGCAGAAGGAAAUGGAAGAUAAAGUGACCAGCCCAGAAAAAGCCGAAGAAGCAAAGCUAAAAGCAAGGUAUCCUCACCUGGGACAGAAGCCCGGAGGUUCCGAUUUUUUAAGGAAACGAUUGCAGAAAGGGCAAAAAUACUUUGAUUCUGGGGAUUACAACAUGGCUAAGGCAAAGAUGAAGAACAAGCAACUGCCUACUGCGACCCCAGAUAAGACAGAGGUCACUGGUGACCACAUUCCCACUCCACAGGACCUUCCACAACGGAAACCAUCCCUUGUCACGAGCAAGCUGGCUGGGCCACCGCCCGGUGCUGGAGCAGACGCCGAGAGGGUUAAAGGCUUCGGUUGGGUGCAGCCAGGCGGCCGCCAGGGCAAGGGCGGGCUCAGGCUCUGGGGCCCGGGAUCCCGCGGGGAGAACCGCGUCUCACCCCAGGCCCGAGCCCCAUCCGAACCCGGUGCAGCGGGCACAGCGGGGUGA